GUGUGUUCAGGUGGUGAUCAUGAGAGAUUACCAGCACAGGAACGUGGUGGAGAUGUUCAAGAGUGCUCUGGUGGAGGAGGAGCUGUGGGUCAUCAUGGAGUAUCUGCAGGGAGGAGCUCUAACAAACAUCGUGUCUGAGACCAGGCUGAGCGAGGAGCAGAUCGCCACCGUGUGUGAGGCUGUGCUGCAGGCGCUGGCGUAUCUCCACUCGCAGGGGGUCAUACACCGAGACAUCAAGAGCGACUCCAUCCUGCUCUCGCUGGACGGACGAAAUAAACAGAUGUGA